AUGAAGUUCCACAUCAUCUUUCGAUGGUUUUACGUUGGAUUUUAUGGUUUUCUUCACAUUCUUCUUGCUGUGUUGUUGUUAGUCACGCCAGGAGAUGCCAUCAGCCAGGCCCUUCACAAUAAUCAGCUAUACAAUGUUUUCGUUAUUGCAGGAGUGUACCUGCUUACCCUACUGCUCACGAUAACUCUUUACGCCACAAGACUUUAUACAGACAAUGUAAUACUUAAAGCAAUACCAAAGACAUGGAUACCAGUUGAUAAAGGUGAUGUGAGCAAGAAAGUACGAAAUAUGAUUACUGCAGGGCUCGACAGAAGCGCCAUGAUUGCCUUGAUUGCUCGACCUCGAAUACCGCUGGGCUCGGUGACGGCAGUACCAGCUACUAAAAGAAAGGUUUCUAUCUGGAGAAAGCCAAGUCAAGCAGAUAAUAUAUCGUCAGAAGUGGAAUUAUCUCACACCCACCCAGACUCAAUUCGUAAUGAGCAAGCCGUAGCCGAAGCUUUAUUUUGCUCUACUUGGGGGAAUAUCAGUCAUGACGGAUGGUCAUCGCCAAUGUCCCUUGACGUGCCUAAUUUACAUUACAUCACUGUUAUCUCAGAAUUACCAUACUUGAUUGAAGCGAAGGCAGCUUCCAUUUCAACUGCUGGCGCCGAUUCAAACCCAGAUCAAACUUUUCCUGAUGUCAGAACUUUGGAAAUAUUACAGAGGCCGAUUUCUAUGAGUGUUCGGGACUAUGUUGGGUAUCUAAUCUAUCACAACGUUGUCACGUCACCGGUUGCGGCCAAUCAAUUUCUUUCCCUGUAUGAAUAUGCAAGAUUUUCAGAUACUCCACUCAAUGAACAAGGAUUUCGAGAGCUCAUGGCCGCAUUUACUGAUAUAUUGCGCAGCAUGGAUCCUCUUGAUCCAAAACUACUAAAUAACGAAUAUGAAAAUUGGCAUAGUGAUAUUGACAAUGACAAUGCCAGCUCAAUUGUGACAAGGGAUCUUAAUCGAAGUCAAUCGUCUCUUUCGUUUCAUUCUAAUAUUAGCCACACCGAUAGCGAGGGUACAAUCCAGUUGACGUGGGUUCGAGAUGUGAAGAAUAGAGGGAAUAAGUCGAGGAGACCCUACAAUCUUGUCGUACCAACAGCUUCGUACAGAGGGAAGAGUCCUCAUAGAUUACAAGUAUUUAAUUCUAAUAGCGAAGAUAACCCAAAUUGUAAAGGCAGUUGUCAGUCUAGCUUCAGUGUGGAUUCAGACAGUCAACAGAGUAUUGUUGUCAGAAAUGACAGGUCAAUCAAAAAAGGUGUCAUAAUUAACAAUGGUUGA